ACUUUUACUGUUGGCUGCGGCCACAGCAGUGAGCUAACCUAGCGCUGGGACUCGUUAGUACCUUGAAAGAACAUUAUUUCACGUUCAUAACCAUGAAAACGGAACGCCUUUGAAUUAUCAACUUCAAAGUCAUGGACCGACUUUGACCACAACAACGGAAGAAGACAAAGAAGACAUAUCUGAAGGACAACGAGAGGAGGCAAAAAGAAGAAGAACCACACAGAACCAUGUCCGACACGGGGUCUGAUGACCUUGAAAAUGAACGCAAUAAACUUGGGGAGUACGAAGGCGACAGAAAUGCAGAAGGAGAGAGACACGGAGUCGGCAGAGCUGUCCUGCCCAACGGGGACAUCUACCAGGGACAUUAUGAGAACGGAAUGAGACAUGGAUCGGGGACAUAUUACUUUAAGAAUGGGGCCAGAUAUGUGGGAGACUAUUAUCAGAACAUGAAACAUGGACAAGGAUUGUUCUACUAUCCAGAUGGAUCCAAAUAUGAAGGAUCAUGGGAUAAGGAUGUGAGAAAGGGUCACGGUGUCUACACGUACCCCAACGGAGACAUGUAUGAUGGAGAGUGGUUGCAUCACUUGAGACACGGUCAGGGCUUGUACCACUUCCAUGAAACUGGCUCCAAGUACAAGGGCUCAUGGGUGAACGGCAACAUGGAGUCAGGCGGCGAAUACAUCCACUGUAACCACAGAUACAAGGGAAUAUUUGCCAACAAUAAGCCCCUUGGACCCGGGAAGUACGUGUUUGACAACGGAUGUGAGCAGGGGGGUGAAUUCCAGCAAACAGAGCCGGAUGAAUCUGACGGCGACGCUGGAGUCCUCAAGUGGAUUCCCAACUGUAUGAAGUGAAUCUCACAGAGAGACUUCAGGUGGAGCCAGCUGUGGAAGAGUCCACUUAUCUGAUCGACCAAUUACUUUUUACAUUUGGCCUUUGUUUUAAGACUAAAAUAAAGAUACACAAUAUCUUUUGUAGGUUUUUGACAUGAGCAGUGCUCAGUAGUACUCAGUACUUUACCAAAAACAAGGACAUUUGGUGUUAAGAUGCUUAUAGAACAGAACAGAAUAGAUGCUGUGGAAGUGUAGGAAAGCCUAGCAGUGCCCCCUAAUGGACAGAAUAGGUAAGACAGCAGGAGUACCGACUGGUGACUCUGCUGCUUUCUGUCCAGAUGAUGUUGUUGUUGAAUCUUACUUUUUCACAUAACUGUGAGACAGGAGUGAUGUGCAGUCCUGUUUGUUUUGCUGCAUAUGGAGCAAAUUGUA